GUGAUAUGUACGUAACUACAAGAGCUACGAAUGAUCCACUCUUUUUCUUGCAUCAUUGUAUGAUUGAUAACAUUUGGGAAACGUGGAGAUUGUCUAAGCAGUCGAGGGCAGCGCGUGAAACCGCCUAUCCCACAGACGAUAUCCGAUGCAGUAGUCAGUCGCAUUUUAGCAGAUCUAUUAUGGUUCCUUUCUCUCCCAUGGUCAAUAUAGAUGGAUGCUCGAAUAGGUACACAGAUAAUCUCUAUCAAUACGACCCGAGACCAACAUGCUCCAGCUCAAGACGAGACUGCGGGUCAAGGUAACU